AGUUGCUGAUCCGGGAUUCUCAAGUCUAUAUAGUAAUAUGAGGGAUUCUUGUUUGCCUUUUUAACCCCCACACACUUAGUAGUCAUUCAUUCCCAAUCAACUGUAUUCAUCACCGCCCGCCCGUAAGGUAGUACCUUAGGUAGAGAGGUAGAGUACCGCGCUGGCAGGAGUGAGCUCAGUGCAGGCAGCCGGGUACGUACCUGUCACCUACCUUACCCACUAAAUCACCCCGUGGAAGUUUUUCAGACUUGGGGUGGUGGGACAUUGAAGCUAGUGGGCGAAAUCUAUCCAUCAACAGGUAUCACCUCGACGUUCAAACCAAACACAUUGUUGACGACAUAUCUUAUACAGCCACAACCAAGAACAUCGCCUCCUGAGCGCUGUGGCCGUCAAAUAUGUCACUCAAUAUCCCCAACGCCCCCAACGCGGGCUUAUUCAAGCAAGGUUACAACAACUACGACUCCGAAGAUGGUGCUGUACUUCGCAAUAUCGACGCCUGCAGAGCGAUUGCGUCCACGGUUCAGACCUCGCUUGGCCCCUAUGGCCGCAACAAGAUUGUCAUCAACCAUUUGCAAAAAAUGAUUCUUACAUCUGACGCUGCGACCAUCCUACGCGAACUCGACGUUGUCCACCCCGCUGCCAAACUCCUCGUCAUGGCUAGUCAGCAACAAGAAGCCGAGAUGGGCGAUGCUACCAACCUUGUCAUUGUCCUCGCUGGCGAGCUGCUUCGAAAGGCGGAGGAUCUGCUGCGCAUGGGCCUCAAGACAUCGGAUAUCGUCAUCGGUUACGAGAAGGCCCAGAAGUUUGCUCUUGAGACCCUUGAAGAGCUGGCUGUUGACAAAGUGGAGGAUAUGCGGGAUCAGGAAGAGCUGAGCAAGGCCAUCAGCACGGUUAUUGCCAGCAAGCAAAACGGAAACGAGGCAUUCCUUGCCGAUCUUGUUGCCGAGGCUGUUCUCAAUGUUCUCCCCAAGAACCCUGCCAACUUCAACGUCGACAAUAUCCGCGUGGUCAAGAUCAUGGGUGGAAGCCUGGAGCAGAGCAGAGUUGUCAAGGGCAUGGUUUUCCCUAAGGAGCCUGACGGUUCGGUCAAAAAGGCCAGCCGCGCCAAGGUUGGUGUCUUCACCUGUCCGAUCGACGCUGGUCAAACCGAGACCAAGGGUACUGUUCUUCUGCACAACGCCAAAGAGAUGAUGGAUUUCACAAAGGGUGAGGAAUCUCAACUUGAGACUUCCAUCAAGGAACUUUACGACUCCGGCCUCCGGGUUGUUGUUUGUGGUGAACGUGUCGGCGAUUUGGCGAUGCACUACCUGAAUCGAUUCGGAAUUUUGUGCAUCCGAAUUCUGAGCAAGUUCGAACUUCGAAGAGUCUGCCGUGUUGUCGGUGCCACCCCCCUGGCGAGGUUGGGGGCUCCUAUGCCCGAUGAGAUGGGAAGCAUCGAUGUUGUUGAGACCCUUGAGAUUGGUGGUGACCGAGUUACAGUCUUCCGACAGGAGGAUGAGGUUACUCGAACCGCUACCCUUGUGCUUCGAGGAGCAACUCAGAACCAUCUUGAUGAUAUUGAGCGCGCCGUCGAUGAUGGUGUCAACGUCGUCAAAGCCAUUACCCGCGACCCGCGGUUGGUUCCUGGUGCCGGUGCUACAGAAGUCGAGUUGGUUGAAAGGAUACAAGCUCACGGUGAGAAGACUCCCGGACUUAGCCAGUACGCGAUCAAGAAGUAUGGCGAGGCUUUUGAGGUUGUUCCCCGCACCAUUGCUGAGAGCGCCGGACUUGACGCCACUGAGGUUCUCAGCCGCCUUUACGCUGCCCAUGCCAACAGUGACGCUUGGGAUAUUGGCGUUGAUAUUGAGAACGAUGAUAACACUGGUACUAUCGAUGCCAAGGACGAAGGUAUUCUGGAUCUUCUCAUCUCCAAGCAGUGGGCCAUCAAACUUGCUACAGAAGCCGCACGCACCGUCUUGUCUGUUGACCAGAUCAUCGUGGCACGACAAGCUGGAGGACCCAAGCCCCCCGGACCCAACCCUAACUGGGACGAGGACUAAAUGGAUAAAACUAAAAAGUUCAAAAUGGGCAAUGGAUUUGAUAUGUGUGACAAUCACCUGGUGUCGUGAUUGAUUAGAUAUCCUUCAGAUAACAGGGUCAAAGCAUGGGCAUAUAUUUAUUCAGAUUGUCCAGUAUCCCGUUGUAAAUUCUGCUGUGACUUGGAUCACUCAGUUCUGUCUGACUUGGUACCGCGAUUAUGGACUUCAAAUUUCGAUAGCCAGUUCAGAUGCUGUAACAAAGUUGUUAAGUAUUUUUCAUGCAUCAACUUCGUUAAGUCCCUUCCCGCUUAAGACUAUCUAUAGGCGCAGAUAAUCCAGAAACGCAGUAUAAAUAAGGCAGGAAAAUGUUGUCCAGCACAUCCAUAA